AUGGCCCAAAUCGCCGCUCUUCUUCCGCUCAUUUUCGCUGCAGUAGUCAUUGCAGACUCGUCCACUCCCACGAAAAACUGGAACAAUGUUACAGGCACGUCGAGUACGACAUUCCCCACCGAUGUCGGGUUCUUGGGCAAGCUGAUGUACGGCCAGUCACCGUUCGUUGCUCAAGUUGACAAACUGGACACCAACCGUCCGAACGGCAAGUACGGAAUUGAGAUGCGAUGGCUCCCUAAAGAUGGCAAGAAGGACGACGCAACCCCCGACGAUAUUUUCCGUAACCUUGGCCAAGUAUCUCCUUACCACAUUGCGGACGAUCUUUUCCCCGAGACAAACAAGUAUCGCAGUGUGCCCGACAACUGCGAAAUUAAGCAGGUGCACCUUUUGAGCCGCCACGGCGCGCGCUAUCCUACCGGUUCGAAGGAAGGCGGUCAGUACAAGUUUGGCCAGAAAGUUGCCAAGGCGCGACAGAGUGGCGACUUUAAGGCAGAGGGCGACCUCUCCUUCUUGAACUCGUGGAACUAUUCCUUGGGCAGUGAAGUGCUGGUGCACACUGGUGCGCAAGAGCUCUUUGACUCUGGUGUGAAAGCCUACUUGGACUACGCCAAGCUCCUUGAUGGUUACGAGCACAAGCCUGUUAUACGCACCACCUCACAGAGCCGUAUGCUUGACAGUGCUCGCUACUGGACUCUUGGCUUUUUUGGCUGGGAUGCGCCGGAGAAGAUGCACCUCGAGGUGCUUACUGAGGACAGUAGCCAGAACAACACCUUGGCGCCUGUCUGCAACGAAGUCUACUAUGAUGAUUCUGUCAAUGAUUGGAUCGACACUUACUCGCCGCCGAUUGCCAAGCGUCUGAACUCGAUGCUCACCGGCUUCAAGAUCAGCGACGAAGACAUUUACAACGUCAUGACGCUGUGUGGUUACGAAACUGUGUCACAGGGAUAUUCUGACUUUUGCAAUAUUUUCACCAAGGAGGAAUGGGAGCAGCACGAAUAUACGAUCGACCUCCAGUUUCAAACAGGAAGCAUGUUCCUGAACCCCAUUGCCAAGGCGAAGGGUGUUGGCUGGGUAACCGAGUUUCUCGACCGCGUGACCAAUUCUAAAUUCGAUGGCCCUCAGUCGCUGCAGAACAGCACCCUUGAUUCCAACCCUACCUACUUCCCUCUUAAGCAACCUUUGUACGCCGACUUUUCUCAUGACACUGUUAUUUCCAAUAUCCUGACCGCAUUCAACUUUACGCAAUUUGCUGACGACUUGGACUUUACCAAGAUAAACAAAAACCGCAGGUACCGCACCAGCCGUGUCACUCCUUUCGGUGCUCUUAUUGCUUUUGAGAUCCUCGAGUGUGACAAUGACCAGUACUUGCGCGUCAAGGUGAACGAGGCCGUGGUGCCUAUGAACCAGGACCAGGGUUGUGAGAAACGCGAUGAUGGUCUAUGCAAACUUGACAGCUUUGUAAAGCACCAGAAAGAGCACGCGUUUAAAGACUCACACUUUGAGACGGCGUGCAUGGGCAAGAAUGGCACCGACUACAUUGUUACGGGCCCUGUCAAGACUGGCACGCUCAGCAAGUCUCAAAUCAAAGCUGUCAAGAGCAAGCGCAGCAACGCCAUCCCAGGUUUGAAGACUAUGCGGAGGGGCGCGUAA